AUGGAUAUCGUCCUCGAAAUCGCCGACACCCUUGUUUUAGACCGCCUCUACGCGACCCUGCUACCUGCAAGCCCAUCCUCAUACCUCUCAUACCAGUUCAGCAAUGGAAGCACAUCCACGUUUUCGAGUAUGCGGGAGGGAGCAACCGCGGCGCCCCAAUACACCUACGUCUUUGAACCCGCGUCAAGGUAUAUCAGUCUCCAGCCUACCGACUGGACCUACAGCAGCGCCUGGCCGCGAGACAACAUUUUCAGACAGGCCAUCAGUCUAUUCUUUAUAGUGUGGAUUUUCGGCAUCAUAUUGUAUUUUCUCUUCGCCACGCUUUCCUACGUCUUUGUCUUCGAUAAGAAAACCUUUGAACACCCGAAAUACCUCAAGAACCAGAUUCGCUUGGAGAUUGCGCAGACUCAGAAGGCCAUGCCGGGCAUGUCCCUUUUGACCGCCGCGUGUAUGCUGGCCGAAGUACGAGGAUACUCCAAGCUCUAUGACAGCGCCGCCGAGGCGCCUUUUCGAUUUUAUAACGUCCUCCAAUUCCCUCUCUUCGUCCUUUUCACCGACUUCUGCAUAUACUGGAUCCACCGCGGUCUACAUUACCCGCCUGUCUACAGAGUCCUUCAUAAACCACACCACAAAUGGAUCAUGCCGACUCCCUACGCCUCUCACGCCUUCCAUCCAAUCGACGGAUUUGCGCAAUCUAUCCCCUACCACCUCUUCCCGUUCCUCUUCCCUUUACAAAAGUUCGCAUACAUCUUCCUAUUCGCCUUCAUCAACAUGUGGACCAUCCUCAUCCACGACGGAGAAUACUAUGCCAAGUCUGCCAUUAUCAAUGGAGCCGCGUGCCACAGUCUUCACCAUUAUUACUUCCGGUGUAAUUACGGACAGUUCACUACCCUCUGGGAUCGACUGGGUGGCAGUUAUCGCAAACCAAACGAUGAGAUGUUCGAUAAACUGACCAAGCUGUCUAAACUGGAGUGA